CGGUCAAGUAGGGACGCAACGAAACCUUUGCCAAAUACGCCUUGUGCUGGAAACUUGUCAAUAAAAUGGGCAACACGAUUGGUAAAGAAAAGCAUGACAAUGAAGAUGAGUAUAUAAAUAAUUUAGUUCGCCUAAUUGAUGGUGGUUUUCUCUUCGCACACGGUGUUUACGGCUCAGAACCAUCUUAUAAAAUAUCAAUUGUACGAAGAUUAAUGCUUGAACGCCGUUUAAUGCCGUUUUAUAAAGGACUCGAGGAAUAUAAUGCAAACUGGCCACCUGAAAAAGUCGCAGAAGUUGUCGAAAGGGCUCUAGGUUCUCAAAAGACCAUGACGUUGCGAUCCGCUAUCCGUGAAGCAAAAGUUCAUACUCUAGGACAACCCAAGUCCUUGAAACGUGAAGUGAAAAGCCGAGCCGAGCGGACUGUUCGGUCACGUUCCAAUUCCGUUUCUGGAAAUACCCACGCUAUUACCCAAGACAAUUAUGCCCAUGCUAUUUCCACUAUUUAUGCUAACGCCUUUGAAUGCCCAAUUUGUUUUCUUUAUUAUCCACCAAACUUUAACUAUACUCGCUGCUGCGCACAACCAAUUUGUUCCGAGUGCUUUGUAGAAAUACGUCGCCCCGACCCCCAUUUGCCAACCGUGCAUGCCAAUGAUCCUCAGCCGAGCGAUUUCGAUUUGAUAUCAGAGCCCGUCAAGUGUCCGUACUGUAUGACCGAUCGGUUUGGUGUUGUUUACGUUCCAAAUCCCGCUUUGUCGCGCUUUUCUUUCAAUGCCCCUUCACAGCUAGAGCCCGAUUCCCAUCCAUUGACUAAUGAAAUUAAAAAACUCUUUAUUUCUGGGCAGGAUCGGGCCUGGGUCCCUAACUCAAAUACAAAGUUUUCGUACGACGAUCAACGUGUCAUAACUACCGACUUGAUUCAUCCAGACUGGCAGUACAAUUUGGAAAAGGCCCGUCGACGUGCGUUCAGACGUGCUGCAAAUUCUACUCUUUUAAAUACUCAUCUAUUGGAACCAUCUCCUAAUGGAAGUCAUAGCGAGAGUGUCUCCUCUUCAGAUAAUUCACAGCCUUUCAGAUCCUCGCGUGUAAAUUCCCAAAGACGCGCCUUGGGCAGCCGUAGACAUCAAUACCUUGCCAAUGUUGAACAGCUAAUGAUGGCCGAAGCCAUCCGUCAAAGUUUGGAGGAUGCACAACAGACGACUCCGGCUUCUAAUACUGGAGUUUCUUCCGUUGAAGACGGUGAUCCCGUAUACACUGCUUCUUCAAAUUUCAACAACACUAUUGAAAGACCAGCUACCCCCAGUGCUCAGGAGUAUAAUGCUGCUCAUAAUGAUUUAGCAGUCCCUUCAAGUGGAAAAGAUGCAUAUCCUAUUCAGCAAACUUCUGAAACUACUGAUCAUAAUACUCGGUCUAUAGAGCAAACUGAAGCUUUUCCUCGCGGUUCUGUUAAUACCGAGUUUGACUCUGUCGACCGCUCUGACUUGGAACAGCGACAAGAUUUGGAAGAACUCAUUCACAGCCCCAUAGCAUCUACUAACCCGUUUCUUUCUGAAACUAUGAAUCCUGCUGAUUCGCAAGAUGUACGUGGCGAGGCAAAUGUAUGUUCGCCCACUCUUUGUGUCAGCGAUGACGAUGUGAACUCCCCAAAUCUAGCAAAAAACCCAUAUCCUUCGGUUUACGAACAUGCAAUUACCAGUGAUGGCUAUAAGAAAAACCACCAAUACGGCUAAGUUUGGCCGCAUGCAUUCUAAAAAAUGGUCGUACGGGGCUUCUCGUCACCAAUUUGUCAUUCUUAUUCGUUUGUUUACUUGUUAAUUUACUAAUUUAUUCAUAAGCCUAUUUGUUCUUAUAUUUACUAGAUAUUUUUAAUCUUUUUUUUUUUUUUGAGUUGUGUAUGUAAUAAGCAAUUAUGAUAUGGAAAAAUUGGACUAGGAUUAUACCGUUUAAUGAAAUCCUGGCUUUUAAUCUCUUCUAAUGUGUUUCGAGAAAACGCAAGUUAUGGUUUACUCGCAUGGUGCUGCAUUGAUAAAUUGGAUAGUACAGUUAUCACUUAGUUAAUUAAAAGUAAGA